UCAUGGUGGCGAAAAAGAAGGAACCCACUUCCCCACUCUCACUCUCCCUAUUACAAUCACUUUCUCAAAACAUAAAAGUGCAAGCUAUCAGUUCCUAUCCAAAUUCCAAAACAAAUUAAGAAGAACAAAAUGCCAACUUCCUUAGUUAUCUUCUUCUUCUACAUUCUCUACACCCUUUCCUUCACAGAUGGGACACAACUCAUAAUAGUGAACAAUUGCAAGGAAAACAUAUGGCCUGGACUUCUUGCCACUGCAGGCCAUUUAACCCCCAAAAAUGGUGGCUUUCAUCUCUAUAGUGGUGAGGAAGUAGUGUUUGAAGUCCCGGAAAGAUGGUCUGGAAGAGUAUGGGGCAGACAAGGUUGUUGCUUUGAUGAAGAAACCGGCAAAGGUUCAUGCCAAACUGGUGACUGUGCUGGCCUUUUGCAUUGCCAAGGCAUUGGUGGAGUUCCUCCGGCCACAGUUGUUGAAAUGACAUUUGGAACCUCUAAAUCAAGCUUGCAUUACUAUGAUGUGAGUUUGGUUGAUGGGUUCAACUUGCCAGUGUCAAUGGUUCCUAUAGGUGGUGGUGUGGGAUGUGGUGUAGCGGCUUGUGAGGCUAAUUUGAAUGUUUGUUGCCCAUCUGCUUUGGAGAUAAAGAGACAAGGGAAAGUUGUGGCUUGUAAGAGUGCUUGUUUGGCUGCUAAAACAGAUAGGUAUUGCUGUACUGGGGUGUUUGCAAAUCCAAAAAGUUGCAAGCCAACUAUUUUUGCUCAUCUUUUUAAGGCCAUCUGUCCACGAGCUUAUAGUUACGCAUUUGAUGAUUCUACUGCGCUUAAGACUUGCAGGGCUCCUAGGUAUGUUAUCACAUUUUGCCCUCCUAAUUGAUAAAGAUGUUUGGUCAAGAGCUAGCCGCUAGUGGUUUCUAUAUUUACUUUGUUGUUGUUAUCAUUGAUGUCUUCUAGACUUGUACUUGUAGUUCCUACAGUUCCAAGUUUUUCAUUGUUGUGAGUAAUUGGAGA